CUUGGUUGAACUUCCCGAGAAGAGAGAGAGAGAGAUUCGUGAGGAUGAUGAACGUGGUGGCCAUUUGCCUCGUCGUGUCGUCGCUCGCGGCGGCCGGAGUCUGGUCUCCGGGCCCGGAGAAGCGGGGCGGCGACCGAGAGAACGGCGACGUGAUCUUGAAGGAGGGCCACCGAGUCGUCGUCGUCGAGUACGACCAGGACGGCCACGCCAACACCAAGGUCUCCAUCUCGCCGGAGCACGACCACAUCCCCAUCAAGCCCGCCUCCGUCACCGACCUCGAGGGCGACCUCUACCAAGGCGCCAAGGACAAGGCUAAGGAGGCCGCCUCGUCGGUGGCUCCGGAGCGGAAGGAAGACGGUGGCGGCCACGGGUACACCGGCGCGAAGGAGCUGAUAUGCGAUGCCUUCGGCAAGUGCAAGCACAGGAUCGCGAGCGGCUUCGGGAAGGCUAAGGAGGAGGUGACCGAGAAGGUCCAUGAGGUCGAGGAAGACGCGAGGCAGGCGAAGGAUGCUGCGGAGGAAAAGCUGCAGAGGGCCGGGGAGGCGGCGGCGCGGAAGGCGCACAUGGCCAGGGAGAAGGCGAGGGAGGCGGCGCACAAGACCGGGGAGAAGGCGAGGGAGACCUUCGAGAGCACGCAGGGUGCCGCACGGACCGCCAAGGAGGAAGGGAAGACGACGGUCGGGGACGUCCAGAGGAACCUGUCAGAGGCAGCCGGGGCAGCGAAGGAGCGGGCCAAGGAGAAGGCCGAGGAAGCGAAGGAGGCGGCGAGGGACGUCGGCUCGAGGCUGCGCAGGCUCGAGGAGUCGGUGAGGAGGCACGUGGCCUCACGAUUCGACAGGAGGACACUGGCAGGGCUGGUGCAUCUGCUGGGGUUCGCGACGGCAUACGGGACGUGCGCUUGGGUCACGUUCGUGUCGGGCCACGUGCUCGCGGGGGCGCUGCCGAGGCAGCAGUUCGGGAUGGUGCAGAGCAAGAUGUGCCCGGUGUACUUCAGGGCCAUGUUUUCCAGCAUCGCCCUGAGCCUGUUGGGGCAUUUGCUGGGCCAGGGGAGGCACCUGUUCGCGAGCAAGCCGGAGAUGUUGCAGGGCUUGAACUUGUUGGCCUCGCUUCCUAUGGUUCUGGCCAAUAUGCUCUGCUUGGAGCCUCGUGCCACUAAGAUAAUGUUCGAGAAGAUGAAGCUGGAGAAGGAAGAGGGCAGAGGGAGAGAGCCCCUGGGCAGCACCGACGCGACCCAAGCGACCGAGCCGAGGCCUCCGCCAGGUGAGACUCCGACGCCGGCGCCGACACAAGAGGACAGGGAAGGAGACGCCCUCAGAGCCCGGGCCGUGAGAUUGAACGAGAGGCUGAGGAAGCUGAACUCGUAUUCGUCGCUCCUCAACGUCGCGACGCUAAUGGCCCUCACUUGGCAUCUGGUGUAUCUGGCGCAGCGCAUCUCGACGCCGUGCUGAUGUGCACUGAGCUUAAGUAAGAAGAUUUUGAUGUAUGGUACAGUAAGAGUUGCUUUGCUUUUGCUUGCUUCUGGUUCAUCUGUGUGUAUACACGCCUUUAUAUAUAUAGGUCGGCUUUGUAACAGAGACCAAGUGCUUUUGUGUUUACCAUUACCAAAGUCUUAACGCCCGUAAUUCUUGGGUUGGGUAUGCCGCCUCUUUUAAAUGAAAUAUAUAUGAUAUGGUAGAUUUUCUUUCUA